UAAAAAUCAUCAUGAUGUUGUCAAUCCAAGAUUUCUCAUUAUCUUUAUUUUAUGAUAAAAUUCGAAAAUACGAUAUUGACUAUGUUCUAAAGAAUUUAAAGAGUGAUUCUGUUGAUACGAAGCAAUUAAGAAAGCGAUACGAUGAAUUUCACACUAUCUAUAAGAAUAUAGUAGAAAAGUAUCUUAAUCCUAAUCUCAAACUUGACAAAUUAAUUUCCAAUACUGAAUUAUUCACUGGAGAUAUUAAACAAAAUGCACCUAUCAUUGUGUGGAAUGCAUAUAUAAGAUCUAAAGUUCCAAGAUGGUGAUCCCCACUUUUAUUUCUUGGACUCUUCAAACUGCAGUUCAUUACUUUGAAGCCGAAGGAUUGGAAGAUAACAAUAACCACCUUCUUUAGGCUCAUGCUGCUCAGAAAAUCUCAAUGUUUUGUAGGCUCGGUGUGAGUGAAAAGAACAAAGAAUUAAUAAACAAUUUAGAACAAAAAGGAAUAUGCGAAAAAAAAUCUAUAAUAUUAGUGGCUAGAGCUUCUAUACUCGCAUUAUUAGGUUUUGAUAUACACUGGGCCUGUUGUCGUAAAUAUUGAAGUCAGAGAAAUUACUCAGUGUUUCUACCCUUAUUGAUUCAUUAUAGGACUUUCGACAUAUUCAUGUGAAGAUAUAAGUAAUGAAACUAAUGAUAUUCGUCAAAUAGUCUCAAAGAGUUAAUUUUUAAAGAUAUUAAUGAUGCUAUGAAAAAUAAUCGAGAGAUGCAACCAACUAAAAUACUAUUAAUUUACGAAACUAAUUUUUUUUUAGUAGAAAAUUUUAUGGCAGCUUAUAUAAACCAUCAGCUAGUUUACAAGAUCCUACAAUUGGAUAUUUAUGUUGUGAUACACUUCCAAAUAGGGAAUUCUGGUUUCAAGAAGUUGUAAAAGUCAUGCUUGCGGAUGUAAAUAACUUUGAAUCUCAUGGUAAUGUCGUAACAAAUGAUGGAAUCGGAUAUAAAGAACAAGAAAAUCUUAGAUUCAGUGGAAAAUAUGAUGUUUUUAUUGAGAAUAGUGAUGACUAUUUUAAUAGGAUAAAGAGAGAAAUUGAUGAUAGAUUCAUAGAAAAGAAUUCUGAAAAACGUGAUGUUUUAGUUUUUCUUCCUGAGUCAAGACAAAAACUGAUGGAAUUUUAUAAUUCUGAUAUGUUGGUGCCAAUUAAAGAUUUGGUCGAUUAUUUAACUGAAGAAACUUCAUUAGAAGAAAAAAGAAAAUUGGAUUGA